UUUCCAUCUAUCUUCAGGAAUACACCAAUCAGAACAGAAUAUUUUUAUCUAGCAAGCUAACCUGCACGAAACAAGUAUCGUGUGUCGCAGCCCAUGAUUCCUCUCUUCUUUAUGUCGAUGAUUUCAAGUCCUUUCUUCCGUAACAGCAGGAAAACCAAUUCGUUCUCAUUGAACUAUUAAAAUGACCAAUUCAAAAGGUUAUAGACGAGGUACUAGGGAUUUGUUCUCACGCAAGUUCCGCAAACAUGGAACCAUCCCACUAUCAACAUACAUGAAAGUGUAUAAAGUCGGCGAUAUUGUCGAUAUUAAAGGCAACGGCGCUGUACAAAAAGGCAUGCCGUAUAAAGUAUAUCACGGUAAGACCGGCCGUGUAUUCAACGUCACACCUCAUGCCUUGGGUGUUAUUGUCAACAAGAGAGUUCGCGGACGUAUUAUUGCCAAAAGGAUUAACGUACGCAUAGAACAUCUCACACACUCCAAGUGCCGUGAAGAUUUUCUAAAAAGAGUUAAAGAAAAUGAAAGAUUAAGGAAAGAAGCAAAGGAGAAGAAUGUACGCGUUCAGCUAAAAAGGCAGCCAGCUGAACCAUCAAAAGCACAUAUAGUAUCAGGACGUGAGGCACCCAUCUUGCUUGCGCCAAUUCCUUAUGAAUUUAUUGCAUAAAUAUUGAAUAAAGAUGUUUUCAACAUAUAAA